CCGCCAUGUGAUGACGGACAGACUGUAUCACCGGAGCGAUGCUUGAAGUCACUCUCAUCAGCAACAAAGCGAAGCAACAGCAGCAGCAGCAGCACUGACGUAAACCGUCCACCACAUCACCGGAACCAUACGGAGCCGGACCGACACCAUAUCGUCUCCUCCGAAGGACGUCUAGGAUGGAAACGGAGCGCUGAGAGAGACUGGGAUCGUGAUGAUGCUCGGACUCCAAUUCACGGCAACAUUUGAAAUGCGCGUUAAAUGGAGACUCAUGACAAGAGAUGCUGCAGGGUGCCGCAUUGCCUGGCCGCUUGAUGAUGGUAGGAUAGAGCAGCGCUUUUAACCGUGAUGCUCGUUCUUAGAUGCUUUUGGGGUGGGAUUUGUAGUCGAUUGAAUGCCUCCGAUUUGAUCAUACGCAAACUAAAACUAAGAUUUCAGCCUGCUUAAGCCAUACAUGCAUACACAUAUACAAUCGAUGAGCACGACCACAUGAAUGUACGUGAAUUUACGUUGCAGAGCAAGCAUUAAUAAACCCACAAUACAGGUGAACUCAGAAGAGGUGAACUAACAGUGUCAUAGCUUACACUCAGGACCAUCUCCAAAGUCAGGUUUUUAUUUGCAAGCACUGCAGCGAUAGGGCUCUUUAUGAUUGGUAUUUUCAUCAUCAGCUACAUAGGGAAUAUAUAGUGAUAGUGCAUACGGUACAGUAUAGUCAGUCUUGGGCCAGUGCAAGGACAAUGACUCAUUUACAGGCAGGCCUGUCUCCAGAAACCCUGGAGAAAGCCAAGGUGGAGUUAAAGGAGAACCCCGACACUUUGCAUCAGGACAUACAGGAGGUGAGGGACAUGAUCAUCACCCGUCCAGACAUUGGCUUUCUCAGGACAGACGACGCUUUCAUCCUGCGCUUUCUUAGAGCCCGGAAAUUUAACCAUUUCGAGGCCUUCCGCCUCCUGGCCCAGUACUUUGAGUACCGGCAACAGAACCUAGAUAUGUUCAAGAACCUCAAGGCCACCGAUCCGGGGAUCAAGCAGGCUCUGAAGGACGGAUUUCCUGGGGUUCUGUCCAACUUGGAUAGAUACGGGAGGAAGAUUCUGGUUCUGUUCGCCGCCAACUGGGAUCAGAGCAGGUACACUUUUGUGGAUAUUCUGCGAGCUAUUUUACUUUCUCUGGAGGCAAUGAUAGAAGAUCCCGAGCUACAAGUAAAUGGAUUUGUCUUGAUCAUUGACUGGAGUAACUUCACUUUCAAGCAAGCUUCCAAGCUCACUCCAAGCAUGCUGAGAUUGGCAAUCGAGGGCCUGCAGGAUAGCUUUCCAGCAAGGUUUGGAGGGAUUCAUUUUGUCAACCAACCUUGGUACAUCCACGCUUUGUACACAGUCAUCCGGCCUUUCCUCAAAGACAAAACAAGAAAAAGGAUUUUCAUGCAUGGAAACAAUCUGAACAGCUUGCACCAGCUGAUCUUGCCUGAGAUUCUGCCGUCUGAGCUGGGUGGCAUGCUGCCGCCUUAUGACAUGGGCACCUGGGCCAGAACGUUGCUGGACCACGCGUAUGAUGAGGAGACGGACUACUGCCCUGAAUCCUACACCUUAUCUGUCAAAGACCUGGAGAAAGAUCUGUCUCCCAAAACUAUGAAAAGGUCCCAGUCGGUGGUGGAACCAGGUGUCCUGAAACGACCGGAGAAAGUGAAAAGCGAAGAAGAAAACAUGCAGCCGCUGCUUUCGCUGGACUAAAGGCUCUUAAUUCCCCAGGCAACGAGGAAACGUCAAGCCCCGUACGCUGGGGAGAAGCGCACCUUGUUCCUAUAACACGAGAAAAAAAAAUGUACAAAGAAAGGAAAUGUUAAAAAGCGAAAGAACACACGAACAGCCUCCAGGAACACUGCAGAGAGCUGCCAGUUUAAAUGAUAUUUUUGAAGCAAAGAGCUAACGGCGGACGUCCGUAUGUAAUUGUCAAGUGCCAAUUCAAAUCUGUAAAUACACUUCAGUUCUAGACGUGAGAUUGAGGGAGUAAUUGUGACAUGAACCUGUAAAGACUGCUGUGAAUAUCCUGUGUGUGCUUCUCGUGAUUAUUAUGUAGAACAUGGUACUGUAGGAUGGUAAUCAUGCUUAUAAAGAUUCACAAGCUUUGGGGUUUCCGACAUUUAUAAUCCCCAAAUCAGGAGUCGCUCAGGAGCAUUUCGAAAGGAACGCAUAGAGCUGUUGACGGCGUCAGGCAUAUGCUACUUCCAUUAAAGAAUACACCAUCUUUGGUCCAGGUUUCAGUGAUUCACAGCAAAUACCCCUUUACCAAGAAAGGUUUUUCUAAUGAGCGUUGGCUAAUAUUGUUUUACCACAACGUGGCUGUGUUUUCAGUUCAGUAUUCUUAUAUCCCAGAGGGGUUGAGUCACAUUUAGUAGGCUUUAGCUGAUUCUUCACUGAUGGCCUUGUUGUUUACACUUUGUCGUGGAAUAUUGCUUUAUUUCGUAACCAUUUCCACAUUAGGCUAAGUUGGUUUCCAAGGCAUUUGUAUUCAUACCAAGGACCAGAUACAGUACAAGUACCAUCUUUGCCAUCUUUCUAACUUCAGAGUCAUUGCUUUUGAAGUUAAAGGAAUAGUUCACCCAAAAAUAUGUAUUUACUCACCCUUAUUAUUGCAAAAAAAAUAAACUAUUAUUGAUAUUUUAUGUUUUUAAUAACUAAAUGAGUAGUUAAAAAUGAUAUAUGUUAAUAUAUAUACUAUAUGCUGCCCAUAUGUUGAUAUUUUUCCAUGAAACACGAAAGGAAAGUUUUGAGGAGUUUGUACCAACACGAUGGUGAGUAAAUAAAGACGUUCGUUUUUAGUUGCACUAUUUUAAAGUAUCAUUUAAAUCCUUCAUUUAAAUUGUAACACUAACACAGAGGUUUAUACAGAGCCAUAAACAAGGUGUUGUACAGUGACACAUGCUAGUGCAUGCUUCCACAUGCGUAUCUUGGUCAGCUUAUGGUUUAGAUUGUGUGAAAAUAGUUUAAUCUAAAUUAUUCAGCUGUUUAAUGGAAUGCGGUGUUGUCAUAGUCUUUGGCAAUAGGUUUUUACAGCGGUUUAGAUUCAAACCCAAAUGAGCGAAUUUAAAACUCAUAAUUUACCAGUUUUAUUUCAGGGAUUUUUUUAUUUUCGGUUUGUGUGCGUGUAUGGAACAAGGGCAAUAUAAAGUACAUUUAAAAUACAUAAAGUACAUACAAAUCUUCCAGGCUUCAGCGAUACUUCCCAGACAAAUUUUACAAUAUAAA